AUGUUCUCGCAAAUGGCUGAAGGGUUUGGGUAUCUGGAGAAUACAGACCUUUAUAAUACAAACGCAAAUGACUUCGAUGAUUUGGCUAUUUUUGAUCAGGAGGAGAAAGAAUCAGUUGUGGAGACGAUUUCACCUAUUUUAACGGUUGCAAUCCCACCUUUUGCCAAUACGGAGUUUGGAGACGAUUCAGACCCUUUUAUGAGCUCGAUUUCAACUUCUUCAUACUCUCUUGAUGUUUCUCUCUCGGAGCCACAGUUGUCUCCCAGUUCACUAGUAGGUACAUCAUCAUCAUCAUUCGAUUCUACUGGUCAAUUGGGAACUCCAACAGAGAGUAUUGCAAGUUAUGUAAGACAGCCUAGGCAGGGUCGUUAUUCCAAAUCAAGAUCUUCAUCGGUCUCUUCACAGUCAUCAGAUCACAGUCAUCAUCAGCAGCAACAACAGCAACAACAGCAGCAGCAGCAACAACAACAACAUCAACAGCAAGGUUCUUGUGAACAUAAAAAAGUUUCGGAUUCAAGGCUUAGUGCACAAGGUUUGGCUAAAGUGUUGAAACUGGAUUCCCCAGAGGAAGCGCUCAAGCGCGAACGUUAUAUUCUCGAUAUCUUCGAAAAUGAAUUGCAUUACCCUUUGGGGUACAAGACAUGGGUCCGGGACACUUUCAAGGACUCUCGUGUCAAGCUGAUCGAUCAGUUACAUGAGAGAGUCAAGCAUCGUUACCCCGAGUACGAUCAUUCGGUGCUCGAAACGAUCAUACGGAGGGCUACUUAUUACAUGAUGCAAAGUAGACUCAGACGAGAAAGGAGAGCUAGGGCAAAGGGGAUCAAGUGCUCUAGAUCAAAUGCAUCUUCCCCCUCAAUUUAG